AUGCAUUUCCUCAUUAUUCACAACAGAUCCAACCACGAGCAGAUCUUUCAGUGUAAUGGCUACAAUGGAAAUCAGCAGCUAAAGAUCCCAGCAAACGGCCAAGCCAAGCUCGAGGCUCCCGAUGGUUCUUCUGGGGCCAUCAUCGCCAUCCACGAGGGAGUUAUCGGCGAGCAAUGCGAGAUCACCAAGCACGGCUGGAUGGGAAACGACACAAUCGACAUUAGUAACAUCUGCGGCGCUGGUGGAAACAUGACUUGCCAACAGGUCGGUGACCCAGCUGGAAAAUUCAAAGGCCACGAGACCUUUAUGCAGGCUUGCAACGCGGCCUACCAUAAGCUCUCUCAGGAUAAGAAGAAUCAGCUUAACGGCCAUGUCUUCCUCGAUGGCAAUGGCAACGUCAAACGCAUCGGGGCUCCGAAGGACUUCCAGCCCCUGGAAGAGUUCGUGAGGACCUUUGCUGAUGGACGAACUUAUAUCGGUGUUGGCGCGUGGGGGCCCAAUAAUGGAAACCCUCACGAUAAUGAGCAGAGCAAGGCCGGUAACGGUAGCAAGGACAUUCUAAUUAUUUACAGUGAUGGUAAUGCUGCCCCCGACGCUAACAUUCCGUUCGCUAGCCAGUUCGUCGAAGCGGCCUCUUUUGUAUCAUUCGCUGCAGCCCCUGGAGGACUAGCCGAACAGCCCAUGACCGCCAGCUCCUCCGGCCCCGGUAUCCUCCUGACCAAUCAGUCCGGCAAAGCGCAUAGGUACUUCUUCUACGACAACUACUGGAACGGCAACGGCGAGGCUGGCGCUAACUUCGACCACCCGCUGACGGACGUCGAAGUGGGGCCGAACCAGACCGUCCACGUACCCCUGAAGCUCGAGUUCAAGGGCCGCGUGCAGCGCGGAGACCAGCAGCCCGCCACAUGGGGCGAGUUCCAAGUCAAAGCCGCCGACGACGGGCGUGCGCACGGCGAUAUCUCGAUCCAGCAGGGGUGCGACGGCGCCGCUACCGUUGCUUCGACGGAUGGGACCAACGCGUCGAACGGGUUUACCGAGGACAUCCUCAAAGAUGCGCCGGCGGCUGCGCUUGACAAGAAACCCAACGGCGAGAAGACCCUUGCUAGUACCGAGGGUAACUGGAAGGGCCCGGGAAACCAGGCGGCUAUUGAUUGGGAGUACCAGAAGCUGGGACAGGGCAAGGCGUACAUUAAGGGGGGAAGUGGAGUGCCGGAUGUGGCUAGUAAGAACAACUGCCUCCACUUCACCUUUUACGUGCCGUAG